AUGCCGUCAUCUUGGGAUCAUCGGAUGCGGGGCAGCAGCAGGAAGCCAUCGAAGCCAGGGUGCCGGCCUGCUGUGCUGCGCACCGACCGCCUUCCUCCACCCGCCCCUCCCUCCACCACCCCGCCUCCCCUGCUCCCACCUUCUGCACCACCUGCUGCACCCUCUCGCCCCAAACUCUCACUUUCACUCGCUCUGCCAUGCUGCCACGCACUGCCAACUGUCACACCCUCUGCUGCCGCUGCUGUUGCGCUUUCAUGUGGGCGAGGGCUCAUCUUCCCCUGGCCUGCUGUUGCGCUUUCAUGUGGGCGAGGGCUCAUCUUCCCCUGGCCUGCUGUUGCGCUUUCAUGUGGGCGAGGGCUCAUCUUCCCCUGGCCUGCUGUUGCGCUUUCAUGUGGGCGAGGGCUCAUCUUCCCCUGGCCUGCUGUUGCGCUUUCAUGUGGGCGAGGGCUCAUCUUCCCCUGGCCUGCUGUUGCGCUUUCAUGUGGGCGAGGGCUCAUCUUCCCCUGGCCUGCUCUUGCGCUUUCAUGUGGGCGAGGGCUCAUCUUCCCCUGGCCUGCUCUUGCGCUUUCAUGUGGGCGAGGGCUCAUCUUCCCCUGGCCUGCUCUUGCGCUUUCAUGUGGGCGAGGGCUCAUCUUCCCCUGGCCUGCUCUUGCGCUUUCAUGUGGGCGAGGGCUCAUCUUCCCCUGGCCUGCUCUUGCGCUUUCAUGUGGGCGAGGGCUCAUCUUCCCCUGGCCUGCUCUUGCGCUUUCAUGUGGGCGAGGGCUCAUCUUCCCCUGGCCUGCUCUUGCGCUUUCAUGUGGGCGAGGGCUCAUCUUCCCCUGGCCUGCUCUUGCCCUUUCAUGUGGGCGAGGGCUCAUCUUCCCCUGGCCUGCUCUUGCCCUUUCAUGUGGGCGAGGGCUCAUCUUCCCCUCGCCUGCUCUUGCGCUUUCAUGUGGGCGAGGGCUCAUCUUCCCCUCGCCUGCUCUUGCGCUUUCAUGUGGGCGAGGGCUCAUCUUCCCCUCGCCUGCUCUUGCGCUUUCAUGUGGGCGAGGGCUCAUCUUCCCCUCGCCUGCUCUUGCGCUUUCAUGUGGGCGAGGGCUCAUCUUCCCCUCGCCUGCUCUUGCGCUUUCAUGUGGGCGAGGGCUCAUCUUCCCCUCGCCUGCUCUUGCGCUUUCAUGUGGGCGAGGGCUCAUCUUCCCCUCGCCUGCUCUUGCGCUUUCAUGUGGGCGAGGGCUCAUCUUCCCCUCGCCUGCUCUUGCGCUUUCAUGUGGGCGAGGGCUCAUCUUCCCCUCGCCUGCUCUUGCGCUUUCAUGUGGGCGAGGGCUCAUCUUCCCCUCGCCUGCUCUUGCGCUUUCAUGUGGGCGAGGGCUCAUCUUCCCCUCGCCUGCUCUUGCGCUUUCAUGUGGGCGAGGGCUCAUCUUCCCCUCGCCUGCUCUUGCGCUUUCAUGUGGGCGAGGGCUCAUCUUCCCCUCGCCUGCUCUUGCGCUUUCAUGUGGGCGAGGGCUCAUCUUCCCCUCGCCUGCUCUUGCGCUUUCAUGUGGGCGAGGGCUCAUCUUCCCCUCGCCUGCUCUUGCGCUUUCAUGUGGGCGAGGGCUCAUCUUCCCCUCGCCUGCUCUUGCGCUUUCAUGUGGGCGAGGGCUCAUCUUCCCCUCGCCUGCUCUUGCGCUUUCAUGUGGGCGAGGGCUCAUCUUCCCCUCGCCUGCUCUUGCGCUUUCAUGUGGGCGAGGGCUCAUCUUCCCCUCGCCUGCUCUUGCGCUUUCAUGUGGGCGAGGGCUCAUCUUCCCCUCGCCUGCUCUUGCGCUUUCAUGUGGGCGAGGGCUCAUCUUCCCCUCGCCUGCUCUUGCGCUUUCAUGUGGCCGAGGGCUCAUCUUCCCCUCGCCUGCUCUUGCGCUUUCAUGUGGCCGAGGGCUCAUCUUCCCCUCGCCUGCUCUUGCGCUUUCAUGUGGCCGAGGGCUCAUCUUCCCCUCGCCUGCUCUUGCGCUUUCAUGUGGCCGAGGGCUCAUCUUCCCCUCGCCUGCUCUUGCGCUUUCAUGUGGCCGAGGGCUCAUCUUCCCCUCGCCUGCUCUUGCGCUUUCAUGUGGCCGAGGGCUCAUCUUCCCCUCGCCUGCUCUUGCGCUUUCAUGUGGCCGAGGGCUCAUCUUCCCCUCGCCUGCUCUUGCGCUUUCAUGUGGCCGAGGGCUCAUCUUCCCCUCGCCUGCUCUUGCGCUUUCAUGUGGCCGAGGGCUCAUCUUCCCCUCGCCUGCUCUUGCGCUUUCAUGUGGCCGAGGGCUCAUCUUCCCCUCGCCUGCUCUUGCGCUUUCAUGUGGCCGAGGGCUCAUCUUCCCCUCGCCUGCUCUUGCGCUUUCAUGUGGCCGAGGGCUCAUCUUCCCCUCGCCUGCUCUUGCGCUUUCAUGUGGCCGAGGGCUCAUCUUCCCCUCGCCUGCUCUUGCGCUUUCAUGUGGCCGAGGGCUCAUCUUCCCCUCGCCUGCUCUUGCGCUUUCAUGUGGCCGAGGGCUCAUCUUCCCCUCGCCUGCUCUUGCGCUUUCAUGUGGCCGAGGGCUCAUCUUCCCCUCGCCUGCUCUUGCGCUUUCAUGUGGCCGAGGGCUCAUCUUCCCCUGGCCUGCUGUGCGUGUGCCUGGCAUGGCACUCUCAAUCGCCCGCACCCUGCAGCAAACCUUUUCUGCUGAGCUAGCAACCUUGGCUGCUGAGCUGGCAACCUUGGCGGUCGAGCUGGCAGUCAUACCAGUAGAGGGGACCGUGGUACCAACAGAGCAGGCAGCAGUGCCAGCUGCUGUGCCAGCAGCAGCUGCUGCAGCAGUGGAGCCAACAGCGCAGUGA